AUGUCUAACUAUGAAAAAGUUAUUACACUCUUAAAAGAGGAAAACUUCAUAAAACAAAACAUGCUCCCAGAGGUAUCUGACGUCAUUUUUGUCGAAGCGACAAAUCAAAAUGAGACUGAGUGUGAUGAUACUGAGGGUAAUUCAAUAGACUGCAAUUGUCAAAGCAUCAAAGUGACAUCAGGAACUGCAAAUUGCAGUGACUGUGGCAGGAAUAUACCAAUACUAGCACAUUUGAAUAGGGAGCGAUUGCAAGGGCUUGAUGAUUUAGAAGUUGCUAAUAAUAGAAUAAAGGAAGAAUUUGAUAAAGCGGAGCGACAGAAUGAUCAAAUUCAUAACUUAGAAAAGCGAAUUGAAGAAUUGGAAGAUCAAAUUGAUUCAAAAACUGAUGAGUUAAAUUCUUUAAAAGAAGACAUGGCUUCUCUAAAUGACAAAUAUGUAGAUGAAAUUGAAAAAGUCGCAGAAUUACAACACUCCAAAGACAUGGUGGAGAAUGAGUUGGAAGAGUUAACCCAAAAACUUUUUGAAAAUGCCAACGAAUUAGUGGCAUCUGAAGCAAAACAACGACAUGAAUUACAAGUCCAAUAUAAUACUUUGAAGAAACAACUAGAAGAAACACAAGGGCGUCUAGCAGCAGAAAGUUCCCAAUUAACAGAAUUGAGACAUAAAAUGGAGCAAAUGGUUCAACAACAGUCACAAAUGACAGAAAGCGAACGAUCUAGCUUCAGUGAUCCUUCAUUUAGAGCCAGCAUUGAUUUUGCUGAACUUUUUGGACUUCGUGAAAAAUCACCUGAAGCGGCAGCAACUUUACCCGGCCCAACGGGGGAAGAUGGUAUUGGAAUUGACGCUGAUUUAAUAGCAGAAUUUAAAGAUUUUGUCGAACAGAGUGCAAACACACGACUUCAAAAAAUUCAUACUAUUCCUUUCAUGCGUCAUUGCCUAGAGGAAGAUGUUACCCCUUGCAUGAGAUUCGGUAAUAAUCCACGUGUAUUUUCAAGCAAAAUAGUUGAAGCCAUCGUUGCCAACACAUGCUUUAUAGAGGAAGCACCUCCAGGUGCUGACCGAGAACAAGCUCUUAACCCAAAUUCCCCUAUUCGCGCUAGCGCGGCCAGACCAAUGCUAUGGGAUCGAGCAUUUGGAAAUUCAUCUGCAACAAGAAUUGGUUGCCAAUGUUGCGGCCGAAUGGGUCCCUUAGCCUUUAGAUACAGAAUAACUAAUUUGGAUGAUUGGUCGCUUAUUGACCGUUAUUGCCGCGAUCGUAUGGUUGCUGUAUGCGAAUUUUACGUUUUUAUACGUAAUGUUCGUCAAGGUUUAUAUAAUAAUCGUUCUAUCUCGGACCUUUAUGCUGAAUGCUUAAGGUUAAGAUUACAAAUGUUUUAUGCGAGACUUGGUGCUUUGCCAUCAAUGCUCAACACACUUGGAAUAAAGGGUACAGAGUUGGCAUCUGCGAAAAAACCAACAUCAACAUAUAUACCACCAGAAAUGGAAGAAAGCCCAGUAUUGGUUGUUAAUGAUGAUGCUUCUGGAACUUUAUACGAUCAAAAAGAUUUUGUAUCGGUAUCUCCACCACACAGAGAAUGGCAACCAUCGUAA